UCACUCAGAACAAAAACCAUACACAUCAAAACAAGCUUUUUUUGCUUGCUCUCGUUGAUUUAUCUUACACACCAAACAACAACAAAAAUCCACCAAAAAUCAUGGAAGUAAAAGAGAAGAAGAAGGGGAAGAACAAUAAGAAACAGAAAUACCAACACCCAAAUGACCAAACCACCAAACCCGCAUCAGAUUUAUCUUUCAAACCCACCUCCGACGUAAAGGGUCUCCGAUUCGGUGGCCAAUUCAUCGUAAAAUCCUUCACAAUCCGCCGCGCACGGCCGCUCGAGCUCCUAACUCUCCUCUGUUUCACUAAACCCAACAACAACAGCGGCAAGAAACUUCCUUUUCCUUCGACCACAGCUUACUUGCCGACAAACUUCACAAUCUUGGCACACCACGCAUGGCACACACUCACACUCGGCCUUGGAACCAAGAAAUCGAAAGUGGUUUUGUUUGUUUUCGAGUCGGAGACCAUGAAAUCGGCAGUAGACCGUGUGUGGCCACCGGAGAUAGCUCUCGGGGAUGUGAACAAGAAGCUGAUUAGAGGUCUAAGUGGGUGUGAAAUGGCGAGAUUCAAGUUCAGAAAAGGCUGCAUAACAUUCUAUGUGUACGCAGUGAGACGAGUAGGGCAUUUGGGUUUUUCUUGUGCGGAUGAUUUGAGGACAAUUUUACAGUCUGUGGUGGCACUGAAUGAUUUCUUGGAUCACACUGCUAUGCUUGCUUUGCCAAACCAGAGAAGCAUCAAUUUUGAGCCCCAAUUCGCUAUGGCUCACUGACUUCCAUCUUAAUCUCUCUGUCACACUCUGUAUCAGUAUCAUCAUCAUCUUCUUCUUCAGCUCAUUUUAGAUUAUGUUUUUUUUUUACUUUGGGGUUUUAAACAUUUUGGGUCUAAUAUGGGGGGAAUUACUUUAUUUAUUGAUCUUUGUGUAUGGUCUUAAUUUGGGGGUAAAACUGCAUUUCAGAUUGAAUAAAAAUGGUGUUUUUGUUCUCCCUGAA